UUUAAAUCGAUUUUUAGGAGAAAUCGAAAGUAAAACUUAACUGAUGCCUUGCGCCAGAUCUACAUGAAGAAGUAAUGUCGAGCGGGUUUCAGCAGACAGAGUGAAGCCUGCGAAGAUCAGAGCAUCAGAGAGUGAGAGAAGAUGAUUGAAGAGGAACUUAACAAACUGGAGUGCCACUUCACUUGGGGCUUACAGAAAGACGAUGCUGAUCUCAAUUACCUGGAGAUCAAAUUUACUGAGAGUCUGUCAGUCCAAACUGAUCAUGAAGGAAAUUUCAGACAGAGAGAGUUGAAUUUCUGUGCUUACAUUUAUCACCUCCAGGGCUUCAGUGACAAGGCACAAGAGUAUUUGGAAAAAGCAAAAGAAGCACAGAACGAUCAUUCCCACAAUAUAGUAACAUAUGGAAAUUUAGCCUGGUUGCACCAUCACAUGGCUGAUGAUACCACGGCUAAAGUGUAUUUGGAGAAAUUGGCACAAAUCGCUGGAGCAAUCCCUGCUCCGCCAGACGAGAUGCCCCGUGAGGUCCUGAGUGAGAAGGCGUGGUCAUUUCUGCGUUUCUCCAAAAAGCAUUAUAUCAAGGCAAAAGAGAUCUUUCAUGAGGCUGUACAGAAAGAACCAGAAGACAAAGAGUGGAACACUGGCUAUGCCUUUGCUCUGUUUCACCUGGAGGGCUUGGAGAUCAGGGAGGACAAGCGCAUAGCUUUUGAAGAAUCGCCGGCAGUGAACCAGCUAAAGAAAGCCCUAAAACUGGAUCCAGACAAUGCCAUGAUCUAUGUCUUCAUAGGCCUCAAGUGCCACAAGAACCAGAGAAAUGCAAAGGGAUGGGAACACAUGAAUCAAGCACUGCACAUGGCUCCGUAUGACCUCUGUGUUGUCCUGAGAGUUGCUAGGUUCAUGAAGAAGGAGCAGUGCUAUGACAUGGCCCUGGAGACGCUGAAGAAAAUGUUGGAAAAAGCACCAAACUCCUCACGAUUGCAUCACGAAAUUGCCAAUAAUUACCGCUGGAAAGCCAUGCAGUUAAAAGAUACACACAACCCACAGCUCCUAAGCCUUUGCAUACACCAUUUGGAAGAGGGAGCCCGGCUAAAUCCAGAAUUUGUCUACCCACAGCUUGAGUUAGCACUCAGGUAUGCUGAAGUUGGAAAGUAUGCUAACGCGAAGCAAAAAUUCCAAGAGUUGUAUGCACGCCCGAACCUGCAACCGGCAGAUCUCCAGGCUUGGCAUCGCUUUUAUGGAGACUUCAACAUGUACCGUCUGGGCUCAGAGAAAACAGCAGUUACACAUUACAAAAAGGGCAUGGUACUGCAAAAAGUAUCCACUGAGUGGAAGAUCUGCAAAAACAGACUCUACAAAGUUCUUCAUAAUGAUAGAAAGGAUGUGUACCAGAUUCGAGAGUUCAUGAACUCUUUAAGAGAAAAUACUGAGCGCAAUGAGAGUUAGAUUAGUUUUUUCUCCAAAAGACAAGGUUUAACUUGAUAUCAAACACAUAGAAUCUUCAGUAAUAAUGAUUAAUGUCAAGUAUAUUUCUAUAAGUACAACAUAUGAUAAGACUACCUUGCAACACAAAAAUCUCCUGACUGAGUGGCUUGAUGAGCAUGACAAUCAACUUUUUCCCAAGUCCAUAUCAACCCACCUGAACAUCUUCUUCACAGAAAGACCCAUAAUGCCAAACUUCCUCAAAAGAAUGAAGUUUAUCCUUCCAGUUCACAGUGUUAGAGACUUGUAGAAGCUGCUCUGGUGGCUUCUAUUGGGGCUUAUUAUUUAUAAUCAAUGUUAUGUUUUUUUUUUACUAUACAGAGCAUCUUGAAAAAAAUUGAAUAUAUUGAAAAAGUUCAUACGGGGAAAUUCUGAUAUAUUCAAGAUACAUUCUAGAUAUUACACUGUGAAAUAUUUUAAGCCUUUUUAAAGCCUAUUUCAAGCCUUAUAUAAAAAAUGUGAUUUUACUAACUAAUUCGGGAAUAUCAGGCUGAAGAUUGAUUGCUAACUAAAGAUUUCCCAUACUGUAGUUCUGAAUGUCACUUUAGUCAGUGUUCCUAACCAACGAACAUGUCAAACAACCAUUCAUAACUGAAACUGAUGACAUUCACACACUCCAGUAAUCCCUAUUUUACAGUCGGUUAGAUUUUUUCUUCCUGCCACUAUGACCUGAAAUUGAAUUCAGCUGCGCUCCUCUGCAUUUUUUUUUCAUACAACAGAAAAUAAGGGGAAGUACCACUCACAUUAUAAGUAUUUUGUAUAAUUGUCUUUAAAUUAGAUGUAGAUGUACAGUAAUAUUAUCUAGGUUUUGGAUUAAUAUUCAACCAUCUAAACUUUUGCACAACAUUGGUAAAAGGAGGACUAGUUUGUAACAGCAGAUUAACUGAAAGACAUGGAUAACCUAUACAUCAUUAUCCAUAUUCUUAUGUUAACAUACUGUAAUGUGUGUGUAUGCAUGUAUACCACUCAGUUUCUCUCUAACUGUUCAACAUGACUGAUGACUUUCUGCUGCCUAUACAAAUAAACAAUAUAUUAAGGA